UUUCCUGUGGUCAUACAAACUAAUGGCUUCUUUGACAGCAGAAAUAAAAUCCUAAGUGGUAUUUUGCAUAGUUCCUAAUGUUGGCCCCAGGUAGUAAAUUACAUUGAAAACCUUUGUAUCUGAAAAUUUUCAAAUCCUAAAAAUAUGUUCCAUAGAUAAUAUAAUUUAAUUGUACUCCAGACAUUUCAUCUAAAAUACCUUUUCUGUCUUUUCCUUUUUACCCUUGUCCUCACUUUUAAUGAUCUUCGGCUGACAGUGUCUUUACAUCCAAAAUGCAAAGCAGACAAAUGGGCAUGUCAGGGAAGAACAUGACUAAAAGCACCAGCAUCAGUGGAGACAUGUGCUCACUGGAGAAGAAUGAUGGCAGCCAGUCUGACACUGCGGUGGGCGCCUUGGGCACCGGCAGCAAAAAGCGGCGCUCUAGCAUUGGGGCCAAAAUGGUAGCUAUUGUUGGUCUCUCCCGGAAAAGUCGCAGCGCUUCUCAGCUCAGCCAAACGGAAGCAGGAGGUAAAAAAUUGCGGAGUACUGUCCAGAGAAGUACAGAAACAGGUCUGGCAGUGGAGAUGAGGAACUGGAUGACUCGACAGGCAAGCCGGGAAUCUACAGAUGGCAGCAUGAACAGCUAUAGCUCAGAAGGAAAUCUGAUUUUUCCUGGUGUUCGCUUGGCCUCUGAUAGCCAGUUCAGUGAUUUUCUGGAUGGUCUUGGCCCUGCUCAGCUAGUGGGACGUCAGACUCUGGCUACCCCUGCAAUGGGUGACAUUCAGGUAGGAAUGAUGGACAAAAAGGGACAGUUGGAGGUGGAAAUUAUUCGGGCCCGUGGCCUUGUUGUAAAACCAGGUUCCAAGACACUGCCAGCACCAUAUGUAAAGGUGUAUCUGUUAGAUAACGGAGUCUGCAUAGCCAAAAAGAAAACAAAAGUGGCAAGAAAAACACUGGAACCCCUUUACCAACAGCUGUUAUCCUUUGAAGAGAGUCCCCAAGGAAAGGUUUUACAGAUCAUUGUCUGGGGAGAUUAUGGCCGCAUGGAUCACAAAUCCUUUAUGGGAGUGGCUCAGAUACUUUUAGAUGAACUGGAACUAUCCAAUAUGGUGAUCGGAUGGUUCAAACUUUUUCCCCCUUCCUCCUUAGUAGAUCCAACAUUGGCCCCUCUGACAAGAAGAGCUUCCCAGUCAUCUCUGGAAAGUUCAACCGGACCUUCUUACUCUCGCUCAUAGCAGCUGUAAAACUGUCCUCAUGGCAACCAGCGUUACAAAAAAAAUCACAGGUCGCAAACCCUGGUAACACUGCAUGCUUAAUGUCGUGUCUUCUGAGCCUGUUUCUAGGGAUACAAAGCGAUCCUGUGUUCUCAGAGGAAGUUGCACACAUUGUGCCCUAAAGAAGGUCCUCAGGUGAAACAGCAGAGCUAUGAAGAACUAUCAGGUUUGAAGUUAAGUGACACUCGACUUUCGGUCCAAUCUGAAGCCAUGGAUUAAUCUCAAAGAAUCAGUCAGUUUCAUGCAACAAAAGCCCUUUUCAAUGGCACCUUUAUAUUUUUAUGGUUUCUUUUCCUUCAUUUAUCUGAUCCCAAAGCCCUGUUAAAGCCACAGAAAUGGAGCUAUACAGCCAUUAAGCCAUGUGACAGGUCAAGAAGUGAAGUCCCAGGAAGCAUCAGGUGAGAAGCAGGAGAUCAAAAAAGUGGUCAGGAACAAAGCAUUAGCCUCCCCGUGGAUGGUGAUCAGGAGCAGUUGGUCCAGCCCGCAGCGUGGCAGACUUCGUAGCUCCAGCAGGCAUGUCAUGUACUAAUUCCAAGAUGUGUUGGACUCUGAAAAACAAAAUUCCGUGGCUACACUGUACUGAAUGAAAUUAAAGAAACUUUUUUUGCAUGGACACAGAUUAGCUGAAUACUUAAAUUAUUUUCUUGGGGCUGCAACUUGCAAAAAAAUAAAAAUAAAAAUCAGCCAUUUUCAA